ACACCCACGCUGUUCCACUAUCUGCCGCAGCAGUCUGGCAUCAGACUGUGGGUCAUCAUUGGAAGCGUUGUCGCUGGACUUGUGCUUAUAACAAUACUGGUUAUCAUUCUUUGGAAGGUAGCAUUUGUUUAAACCCAUUACUAUAUAAAAGAAGUAGAUUAUAUUUACUGCAAAAGAAAUAGAUCAGUUCAUACUGCUAUAAGAAUUAUUGUUAACUUUGUUUUUGUAGAUUUGUGAUCAAAUUCCUAAAACGAAAUAGGUUACUCAACAAGAACAAUACACUUCAAAAUAUCAAUAAAUAUUGUGUCUAACGAUCCAUUAAAUUAGUCACUAAGCAUUUUGAAAUUUGAUCAAAUGAGAGAUAAUCAAGUUAUUUUUCAAUAAGAAAAAAAAUAUUUUCCUUAUUGUUCCCUCAAUGUUUAUCUCCCUUUUAAAAUAAAUUUAACUCUCUGGCUUCGAUGAAUCCUUUGCAAUUAAACAAAUGCAUCAUAAUUCUACACAUGAUAAAUAGAUUCAAAUAUAAAAGGAUCGGGCAGAAUACUAUUUAAGAAAACUUAACCUGAGCCAAAAUAUAACCAGUGGCAAUAAUAUUUUCCAAUGUCAUCGAUUUUUUUUGUUGAAAAUAUUAGUUAAAACUUUUGAUUUUUCCUUUUCCAUUCCCAUUUUUUUGACUUCGAACAAUUCCCUGUCAUGCUCAUCUAUUUUUGUCUCUCAUUCAUAUUUUUUGACUUCGAACAAUUCCCUGUCAUGCUCAUCUAUUUUUGUCUCUCAUUCAUAUUUUUUGACUUCGAACAAUUCCCUGUCAUGCUCAUCUAUUUUUGUCUCUCAUUCAUAUUUUUUGACUUCGAACAAUUCCCUGUCAUGCUCAUCUAUUUUGUCUCUCAUUCAUAUUUCUUUACUUUUAAUCUCAGUUUGGAUUUUUCAAACGUACAAAACGAAUGGAACUUGAAGAUUAUAAGAGAGAGGCCAAGAGACAG